GGACCUGCUGAAGUGGUGUGAGCGGAUCAGUGUUAACUUCGACAGCACCUCUUCAGCCACAGCACAGAACGUCUUCCAGGAGGCUCUGGACUGCUUCACUGCCAUGCUGUCCCGUCCUGAAGGCCGCCUGCGAAUGGCCGAGAUCAUUGGAAGCAAGCUGAACAUUUCCAAAGAGAAGGCCCAGCACUUCUGCCAGAUGUACCAGCCGGGCAUCUCUGUGAGCGAGGUGGGGGUGUCAGUGGGGAGAGUGACUCUGUGUCGGAAGCAGACGGAGGCGGUGCAGCUCAGUGUGGACAGCCAGACGUUUGCUGCCACGCGGCCCUCUGCUGUGCUGCUGGAGCAGUUAGCAGUGUGUGUGUCUAAAGGGGAGCCGGUGCUGCUGGUGGGGGAGACGGGGACAGGGAAGACCUCCACUGUGCAGCACCUGACCAGAGUCACAGGACACAGGCUGCGGGUGGUGAACAUGAACCAGCAAAGUGACACCGCUGACCUGCUCGGAGGGUGAGUCAAAAGCACAUUUUACAUUUACAUCCCAACAUUUCAUUAUUUGAAUAGCUGCUACAAAUGUUUAAGCCAUUAUUGUGUACUUAUUUGUCUUUAUUUGUAGUACUUGUGUGUGCUUUUCUUCUUUUUUUUAAUACUUUUUUG